CGAAGGCUCCAGAUGGCGUAAUAUUUUUGUCUGGAGUCUCGGAAGGGGAAGGGGGCUAUUGCUGCAUGGAAUACCCUUUCAAAUAAUAGUGAGUUACGGGCCUGCGUGUUUGUGCCGAGCCCGGCGAUCUCUGAGAGAAGGCAAGGCAACUCUGUGCACAUCGGAGAGACCGCAAAGUAAGAAGAGAAAGAGAAAGAGAGAGGGCGAAGAGAUGAAAGUGGAAAGAGGGGGUACGAUCAACUAUGGCCGGCGUGUAAGCCAAGAGGGGCCCCACGAAAGAAAUGUGGUCGAGAGUUUCGUUUAGUACGAACUUGGACUGCGUUGAGAGUGGCCGUUCGGGAAGGCGAAGACUCGAUCUGAGAGCAAAAGAAAGGCGACGCGGGAGACACUUUACGAAAAAUAAACGAUUGUGUGUUGCAUUAAAAGAAGCCCAACGUAAAGAGCAAGAGCGAGAGAUAGCCGAAGGAACGAGUGCAUUAAAGAAAAAAACAAGAAAAACAACAGCGUCGUGUUUCAAUUAAAUCGAGAGUGACGGAAUGAAGUUGUGAAAGAUCGACAUGACGAGAGGUAAACAGAGAAGCAAGGAAGCGUGAAAAAGAGUUUUAACCUUUCAUCGGAGAAGCUCACGAAAAAGUGCAUCUAUCCGCAAGCAAUAAUAAAUCGGUGUUUUUGAACUGUCGAUUUCUGUCAACGACAUCUUCCUGCCGCAUCUCCAUGACUUCUCGCUCCCCCUCCGUCUCAACAAUUUAAAAACCGUCUAUAAAAGUUUCGUAAUAUUUGUGUCGCGUCCCGGGAGUUUUUUUUCGGUGGUUAAAAGGCCGGUUGUCCCUCCUCGGUUUCUCUCCCGUGUGCGUGUGUAACCGGAUGCCAGAGAAGGAAGGAGGCAAGAGGAGUUGGCGCGCGCGCGAGCGAGCUAACGCGCCCCCCCGUGAGUAGAGGGCAAUCUCUCUCACUCUCGCGCACUCUUUCUUCUCCCCGUGCACACACCGGUCUGAUUAUGAAAAUUUCUGGAAACUCGAUUCUCUCGUGAGCGAUCUACGUUUAUCGUCUCAAGUCCCUUUCGCUUUAAAGCAGAACUCGCUCAACAGCUGUACGCCACCACGCAACGAUCGGAAGGAAACUUUUGGAAUUUUGUGAAAAGUACAUUUUUUUUCAAACGUAUUUUAUUAUCUCAUCGCGCUCACCUGACAGUCCAGCUGCGCAGUUCAAUCUUACGAAAUAUAAAUAUAUGAAACAAUUUAUAUUUAUAUUGACAAAGCCCUAUUUAUAAAUCACGUAUCCACACGUAUAUGUUAAAAAAAAAGACGAAAAGGCUCGUCUCAUCCCCCGCGCGAGGUUCGCCCGUGUGUAUCUCGUAAGUCGGUGUGUAGUGGCCGAGCCACGAGGAAUUUCUCUCGCCCGAUCUCCGGAGCGAGCGUUCCUCGAGUUUACGAAGGAGACUCGCAGAGAAGAAGAAAAAGAGAGAGAAAGAUAACCGUUUAUAUCUAUAUACGAUUGACGUAUUCGCAUAUUAAAUAUUACUCGGUUUACGAUAAACGUAAACAGAAAUAUUACGAAACAAGAAACUUGGCUCGGAGUGCAUUAAGGAUAUCCGGAGAUCAAGGGAAAUAAACGAAUAACGUUGCGCUUCGAAAGUGUGUGAAAACUCGAGAGUGUUUUUAUUGUUCCUUGAAGUGGUGAAAAAUAAAAAGAAAAAUAAUAAAAGUAGAUGAAAUUAAAGGAAAGUUAGUGAAUCGCAUGAAGAAAGAAGAGGAUUCAGUGCUUCCAAGUUUAUUGUUUCGUCGUUCUCGUUCGUUCAUUGUUUUUCUUUCCUCACGAAAAUCGCGUGUUGCUCCUCGUUUUAAUUUUAGUCACAAAUAUAAAUAGCAAGCGUAAAAUACAACGACAGUGGAGUGGAUAUUUUGGGAAUUUAGUAAUAUUAGAGAAAUCAGUUGAAUAUUAUAUCUGUGCGCGGUGUUGGGGCAGAUGCAUGACGGAUCAUGGUCUCUGCGUCCGGCCCUACAGGGAUCCUAGCGGGACGCCCUACUGCGACUCAGCACCAUCAACAGCAUCAACAUCAAAGCUCCUUCCAACACUCGCAAUCCCAGCAAAAUGCCAACUCAAAUACCAAUUCGCGUGGCCGUUGUUCCAACAAUUCCAAAAAUACGAGUCCUUGCAACGUCUCGAACAACAACAACAACAACAACAACAACAACAACAACAACAAUGUUCCUUCAGAGAAUACGAAGCACAGGCACGAGUCCGACCUUUAUGUCAGGCCGAGCUGGACCGAUGCCGCUAUCGCGUUGGAUCAACUCGAAAAGGGCAAGGCGGAAGGUCAGAGGUCAGCGGUAUGGAUCAGAGCGAGACUGCAGGAUCAGUUGAGCCAGCUGGGUUACUUUCUCCAGAGGCACGCGGGGAAGGUGUUGUUCGUAGCGAUACUUGCCUUGGCGACGUUCUGCGUCGCUCUCAAAUCAGCCCAAGUCCACAGCAAGGUCGAGCAGUUAUGGGUCCAGGAAGGCGGAAGAUUGCAGAAAGAACUGUUGUACGCGUCAGAAGCACUGGGUGAGGCAGCUCCCUCGACGCACCAAUUGGUCAUACAGACACCGAGACAUGCGGGCGCGAAUAUGCUCCAUCCGUCAGCUCUCAAGGAACAUUUGGCUAUUCUCAGAGCAGCGACACAGGUCACGGUGGAUCUAUUCGACAUCACGUGGAAGCUGAAAGACGUGUGUUACGCGCCGAGCAUACCCAACUUUGACAUGUACUACAUCGACCAGAUUUUCGACAGUAUAAUACCCUGCGCUAUCAUAACACCACUCGACUGUUUUUGGGAAGGCAGCAAGCUCCUCGGGCCCGAAUAUCCUGUUCAAAUACCGGGCGCAAAACUCAACAAGUACGUUCAAUGGACGAAUCUCAAUCCGACAGCUUUGCUCGACGAAGUCAAACAAAUGGGCUUCAUGUUCCCCUUCAAAACUCUCGAGGAUUACAUGAAACGAUCGGGCAUAACGAACGCUUAUCAGAGCAAGCCUUGCCUCGAUCCCCAGGAUGCGGAGUGCCCGGAGACAGCACCGAACAAGAAAUCUGGACAGAUACCCGACAUCGGAGCUGAAUUGACCGGCGGCUGCUACGGCUUCGCUGCGAAUUACAUGCACUGGCCCGAGGAACUCGUCGUCGGUGGUGCCAAACACAACAAAACCAGUCACUUGACACGCGCCGCUGCACUACAAACCGUCGUACAAUUAAUGGGCGAACGCGAACUCUACGACUUUUGGUUAAACACUUAUAAAGUUCAUCACAUCGAUUGGUCCCAGGAAAAAGCCUCUCAGGUCUUGGAAACGUGGCAAAGAGCGUUCAGCAAUCAAGUGAAAAAACAACUCAAUGCUAGUGGCGCUGCACCAUAUAAUUCUUACGCGUUCAGCACUACUACCAUGAACGAUAUUCUUGGAAAAUACAGCGAAGUUUCCGUUAUGAAAAUCAGCAUUGGAUGUGGACUUAUGCUCUUGUACGCUGGGGUGGCGCUCUUUCGUUGGAAAGAUCCGGUGAGAUCGCAAUCGGGCGUUGGCAUUGCGGGGGUGAUGUUGGUCUGUGCAACGUUAGCUGCUGGUUUAGGUUUUUGUGCGCUGUUGGGAAUCCCGUUCAACGCGGCGACCACGCAAAUCGUGCCUUUUCUCGCUCUCGGCUUGGGCGUCCACGACAUGUUUCUUCUGACGCACACAUACGCCGAAUUAUCGGUGAACGAAGUACCAAGCGGAGAACAAACCGGUGUUAUAUUGAAGCGUACCGGUCUCUCGGUGCUGUUGACGGGGCUGAGCAACGUCGCGGCAUUUUUUGCAGCAGCGAUAAUACCGAUACCAGCGUUGCGAGUAUUUUCUCUACAGGCUGGUAUUUUGAUACUGUUCAAUCUAGCAGCGAUGCUUCUCGUCUUCCCGGCGAUGGUCAGCCUCGAUUUGCGUCGAAGAAGAUCUGGAAGAUCGGACAUUCUCUGCUGCUGCUUGCCCGCCAUAACGAACAACAAAAACGGACACUUCCGGCACAACUGCAGAACCGCUAAACAAGCUGUCACGAGAGCAAUACCCCCGGAACGCCGUGAAACUUGUACCCAAAUAUUACAACCGAGUGAGAACCAUCAGAACGAAUCGUGGGUCGGUGGCAGAGUCGGGGACAACGAGAACGAGAAAAAUUUCACGGAAGAAGAUACUCUAACCGGUUGUACGCAGGACGAAUGCUUGAGCUUUUCUCUAACGCAACUCGCUGCCAAACACUACGCUCCCUUCGUCACAAAACCAACGACCAAAGUAUUCGGAAUGAUGCUUCUAGCUGGCGUAUUAGCCGGUAGCAUAUGGCAAGCGAUGAGGGUACAGGAUGGCCUCGAGUUGACCGAUCUCGUGCCACAAAAUUCCGACGAGCACGCAUUUCUCGCUGCUCAAGCAAAACACUUUGGUUUUUACAGCAUGUACGCCGUAACCGGACGUGACUUUGAAUAUCCGAACAAUCAAAAAUUACUCUACGAGUAUCACGAUGCUUUUAUGAGAGUUAAAAACGUCAUAAAGAACGACGACGGAGGUUUGCCCAAAUUUUGGCUCAGUCUUUUCCGCGAUUGGCUCAAAGGCUUGCAGCUGGCUUUUGAUCGUGAAUAUAGAGAUGGCUCCAUCACUCAAGAAAAAUGGCACAAAAAUGCGAGCGAGGAAGCCAUCCUUGCUUACAAACUUCUCGUGCAGACCGGUCACGUCGAUAAUCCGAUCGAUAAAACUCUCAUCACUCAAGUCCGCCUCGUCGACUCCGAAGGGAUCAUCAACCCACGAGCUUUUUACAAUUAUUUGAGCGCUUGGGCAUCCAACGACGCUCUUGCCUACGGAACCUCCCAAGCUAAUCUUCGACCGAUACCCAGACAAUGGAUAUUCACCAGUGAUCACGAACUCAAAAUAUCUAAAAGCAUGCCGCUGACUUACGCUCAAAUGCCAUUUUAUCUUCACAAACUGACUGACACCAGUGAAAUCACCGAACUCAUUGGCAGCGUACGGAAAUUAUGUCGACGUUUCGAAGAACGAGGAUUGCCCAAUUUUCCGUCCGGUAUACCUUUCUUGUUCUGGGAACAGUACAUGGACCUACGGAGUUGUCUAGGAAUAGCUUUGCUCGCGGCCCUCGGAGCCAGCAUCGCCGUCGUUGGAGUUUUGUUACUCAAUCUGUGGGCUGCUCUUCUCGUUGGUACUGCACUUGCUGGCGUUGUUCUACAAUUGUUUGGAAUAAUGGGACUCUUUGGCAUUAAACUAAGUGCUGUACCUGCUGUUCUUCUUGUCGUCAGUGUCGGCAUUUCCGUACACUUCACUGUUCACAUUUGUUUGAGUUUUGUAACAAGUGUCGGUAGCAGAGAUCGAAGAAUACGUCUCGCUCUGGAGCACAUGUCCGCCCCAGUUAUUCACGGGGCACUGACGACUCUCUUAGCAGUGGUGAUGCUCGCAUUUUCCGAAUUCGAAUUUAUCGUUCGUUAUUUCUUCCUGGUGUUGCUGAGCCUGAUUGGAAUUGGCCUCGUGAACGGAUUGUUCUUCUUCCCAAUAUUAUUAUCGCUCGUUGGACCGUCACCGGAAGUCAUUCCGCACGACUAUCCCGACAGAAUAUCGACGCCGACGCCACCCGCAUCGCCGAUUGUCAGAAGAUCGAAACCUCCCGCGCCACCAAGAAGAUCCCACAAAAUCGAGAACGCGAGAUUGCACGCCGAACCUUCGUUGACUACCAUUACGGAAGAGCCGAAUUCUUGGCACAGUACUCAAGAAUCUUGUAUAAUCGUUCAACCGGAAGUGAAAGUUGAAACAACGUCUACGUGCGGCAAUCAGAACUGUGGCGGAUCGGACUCAAGCGGGUCUAGUCGAACAUCACCGGUGCCUUCCACCUCCCACAUCACAACUAAGGUCACUGCAACCGCUAAUAUUAAGGUCGAAGUCCAUACUCCAUUAACCAUAGGUGGAGUUGAUCGCGGUGAAAAAUGCAGACACUCGAGUUCCGGUAGCCGAAGGAGCACGCGCUGCAGUACGAACGUUAAUACGAGCGAGUCUUCCGGUUCAAGCUCUGAGCCGGAUAAUGACUGCAACAGCGGGAAGCGCUGACAAACGUAAAGACUCCAAAUAUCGAGAAGAUCGACAGCUGCUGCUCAAGUACCACGCGAAGCAAGAUAACACACAGAAAGGCUGACUAGUUUUAAUAUUUUUCGUCAUAAAUUCUUAUCGAGCGCGAUGGCAGAGGGGAAAAAGGUUCCAUUGUUUGUUUUCUCUUUGUACAUCGAGAUUUUCCGAGCUUUUCAUAGAGUAACGAAGAAAAUAUUUCUAUUAGAAACAUCUUUUUCGUUGUAAAUGUUUUAUUCGUUAUUCAUUAUGUUGACGCGUGACAUUUUUAAAAACAUUGGCUGAAUUAUCUCAUUAUUUAUAUUACGAUUGAAAAACCUCCAAUCAAAGUACUUAUGCGAAAAUAAUGCACGCAUCAAUGAAAAUUAGAAAACCGUAUAUCACUGGGCGGCCCGAAUAACGCGAAAAAUGAACAUUUUCACGGAAACAAAAUAUGAAAAACAUUUUUUUCUUCCUAUUUGACAACUUAUCUACCGAUUAUUUUAUUGGCAUAUGUAAAAGAAGCAUGAGAAAAAAGGGGAAAAAACAAUUGUAAAUAGAAACAUUCUUAUUCUUAUUUUUAUUAUUAAUAUUAAUAUCAUUAUUUUCAUGAUUAUUAUUAAACGCGGAGAGGUGCAAAACUAGUUCAAUUCGUUACCAAGUGCAGUAUCGGCUUUGUAAACGUUGAGAAGCCUAUAAUGUGGUUCGUUAGUCAUGUAAGCAUAUCAAAUAAUUCACGAUGAAAGAGAUUUUUUUCAUCAAAAUGUACACCGCGAAACGGGCAUCUCGCUUCAUACGUGUUUUCAUGGAAUCACAAACGUCAAAAAUCAUUCGGAUUCUUGUACCGCGUACACGUUUAAUCAAAAAUCAAAGUACCGGUUGACGGGAUUAUUAUUAUUAUUAUUAUUAUUAUUAUUAUUAUUAUUAUUAUUAUUAUUAUUAUUAUUAUUAUUAAAUAUAUACAAUUUGUUUUCUUGUUUUCACAGCAUGUGAAAAAUUUUAUUCGAGGACACAAGAGGGAAUUUCAAGUCGAAUUUAUGACUACGAUACGAAAUGUGAGCUCUAUUAUUUAUUCUGAAGUCACCGAAUAACGUGAGCAAUUUUGCAUAUUGUUCGAGCGUAAUGAAUCUCAUCUUUAUUUAUUAUUUAUUUUUUUCACUUUAAAACCUUCCUCCUCCAACCCCCCUCCCCAUUCUCCCAUAUUUCAUAUUCCAAGUAUUUAAAAACAAACGAUGUCUUUGUACAAUGUCUAUUUCCACACUUGGUGACUUGUAAAAAAAAGUAACAACAACAACAACAAAACGAACAAAAGAAAUACAAUUAAUACUCAAUUAUUUAUGUCGCCGUAUACAUAUUGAUAUUUUUAUAUGAAACGAAACAAACUGCUACUUAAUUUAAAUGACAUAAGUUUUACGAUAAGUCGAAUGAUACUUUAAUGUAAAAAGCUGUAAUAUAUUUAUAAAGGCGUAUAUAAACAAUGCACUGCGAGUGUCGUACGAUUAAUUACGAACAAAUUGUUUCGGUACUGUAUUGAAAUAAUGUACAAUGAGGAAAAGUAUUUUUUAUGCAAAGUCAUUUUGUAUACACAAUGGUAAUAGUCGUAAGAUUGCGUUAUUUAAACAAAGAUUUGUCCUAUUAUAUCUAUAAAUAUAUAUGUACGUAUGCGUAUAUGCGUAUGUAUUUAUGGAUAUAAAUAUACAUUAAAUAUUUAUACAUUUAUAUAUCUAUAUAUAAUUAUAUAUACCUCUUAGUCUCCCUAUAAUUCUGUAUAAAGUGCGUUCUUUGAGUUAAGAUGAAAAUAGUCAAUAUACCUCCAGUAUGCGCGUUGAAGUAGAACCAUUAAUAUCCUAAUCAAUUCAUCAUUGAAGGUAAACUAUUUUUUAUUCAAUGCGGAAAGGUAAUACGAAUAAAACAAAUAUUAUAUUUGUAACGUAUAAACACGCAUUUUUUUUUGUACAUAAUAUACUCACACUGUACUGCAUAUUUUAAACAUUUUUCGCACAAUUAUUUCAUCUGGUCCAUCCCCAAUUUAUUAUUUUCAUACAGACUGUGUACUUGAUGUGCACAGUUUUUUCAGAAGUCAUGAAAAAAUCAAUUUUAGUGUACAAUUUUUUUUUUUCUCAUUCAACAUCAUAAAUUUCAAUUUGGGAACUCAAGUGCUGGACGUCACACGAGUAUCAGCUCGUUGAUACCGAAUUUCACCACCAGAUGUCAUGGCUCCGCUCUUCUUAAAUUCCCAAUAUAUAUAGAUGGUGAUGAGGAACGUUUCAAAACUGUCAGCGUAGACGACUUGACGACUCGAAUUUGAAUUUUUGAAGGUUACUUAAUUCCGAUCGUUUGUAAGCCAAUGUUAGAAUAAAUAAAUCAUUUGUUGGGUGAAUCUCGUCUUUGGGGAAUGAAAAUAUUUCGUUUCGGAUGCUUUGCGAGUUCAAAUCUAAGUGAAUUGAUCAAGCCACUUUGGAAAUCGAGCUUCGGGCCCGAUCUUUUUACUUUCUUGCACCUAAGAACGUUCAAAAUUCAUUUGAAAAUCGUAGUUCAAUUGAUUAAAAAAUUCGUUGAAAAAGUUUAACCAUAGAGAAUUCCCCGGGGCUUUUAAUUCGAAAAUAAUAUUAAAGAUUUUUUAAAAAAUAUCUUUCACUUCAUCAUCUCCUUCCUUAUUACCAUCAAUUAAAAGUGUCGAUACACUAGUCCAACUCGAAACAAAGAGAUUCGAAAAAAUUUUCACAAGAGCCUCAAGUUUAUCGUCCCUUUUAUGCCAACAGCUUUUUAUUCGGGAUCUAAUCGAUGCGGAAUCGUUGAUCAGCGACGAGAAUAUACCAUAUACGAAACGGAUUUGUGAGGAAAAUAAAAGAAAAUCAGUUUUAUUCAAUGGAUACUUUAUUUGGAACCCAAAAACUGCUGUAUUAGUAGAUCAUGCACUCUGGUGUAAGCCCUUAAUACGAGUACAAGACUUUUACAUAUCAGAAUAAAUAAAUAAGCUCAGAAGAAAAAA